AAAUCAAUCCACUGAGAUUUUAGAAUUUAUUCACCUCAGAAGACUAAACAAAUAACUUGCCUGCACUAAUGUGAAGGGUGAUACUGAGGUCUGGCUCAAAAACAGCGGCUUUGAUGCGCAAGAUGUAGGUGAGAGUCACUUAGUCUCGUCCUCACGCGGUUCUUGUUAAUGUUCAUAACCGAGAAUGUUUAUACUGGUUAUAGCUUGUCGUAGUUUGCAUGUUUGCCCCUUGAUAUCGAAUCCCUUGAAAAUUAGGCAGACACAGUUGUUUCGUUUUUCAGUGGAAAAAAUACUCCAAUUCCACUUGUCCUGGAAGCGGCGGCCCUCGCGGUCAACUUUCCUGUUUUUCAGUUACAGUCGCCAUUAUAGAAAUGGGCUGGGAAGGAUCACACAAGGGUCACGCGGCGAAGGUGUGGCCACAGGCCUAUUGCCAUCUUCUGGUGAAAUAUUAAUUAGCGUUUUUGUACGUGUGUAUUUUAUACUGUGGUCAACAGUGCUGGCGGGCCGCAUAUUAUUUAUUUUAUGACAGAGGCUGUGGGCCGGUGGAAAUUUGAACACGGGUCGCAGUUGGCCCCCCGGGCCGGACUUUGGACUGCAUUAGUAGGUGUACUUGUCGAGACGUCAGGAGUUUUUACGGUUACAGAAAGCCGCACUGCGCCACUGACGGAUAUUAUGCAACGGAACAACUUUAAAAUCAACAAAGACCGGUUUCAGCUUUUCAUCUAUGAUUUCUCCAGGAGAAGACAGAACGAUUCCUUUCCAACAAAUUUGAAUAUCUAAAGCAGCUGUAAAAUGAGAACUGCACCAGCAAAUCUCCCAAUGAGAAACAGGCUCGACUGGAAACAGAUGAACUAAACACUAAGUUCGGCAGACCAUGAAGUGUGGGGGGGAAACGUUCACUUUAGAGACGUCUCAUCAGCCCUUUCAGAAUGGUUUCCAGUUUGGAUCAUGCUUUUAUUAUCACUACUGUUCUAUUCCUGAAGAUUGAACUGUGUAUUUGUGCUUGUGCACGAGCUGAAUAUGAGAUAAAUGGAGAAUGCUGCCCCAUGUGUCCAUCUGGCAGUCGUGUUUUUAGACAUUGCACUGAAGUCAUCAGCACAACAUGUAUACAGUGUUUUGGCUCGACAUACACAGAGGAACCCAAUGGCCUUUCAAGCUGCAUUAGCUGUACUGUGUGUGAAGCUGGACAAGGAUUGAGAGUAAAAACCGCCUGUACACAGACUUCAGAUACAGUUUGUGAGCCGUUGGAGGGAUUUUACUGUACUGAUGGAUACAGGGGCGGCUGCAGAUAUGCUGUGGAACAUAGAAAAUGCAGCCCUGGCCAAUACAUAAAGCAGAAAGGAACAGCAUUAACAGAUACUGAAUGUGCAGCAUGUGCAGAUGGUACCUUCUCCAACGGCUCCCUUGAAAUGUGCAAACCACAUUCAGAAUGUGAAGAUUUGGGACUUAUAGAAAUAAAACCAGGGACAAAUUCUUUGGAUGCUGAAUGUGGAAAAAAACCUCCAGUAGCUCUAAUAGCUGGAGUCAUAGCUGGAGUGCUGACAGUGCUGGCAGCAUUGUUUUUUGUAAUAAGAUAUAGAUGCCCACAUAGAGCUGAUUCUGCUGAAAAAAAGGGGGACACACAUCAAAGAGAUACUAGGAAAGGUUUACCAACACCGAGAGGAGAAGACAGAAUGGCUAUGUGUGCCCUUAAUCACCCUGGUCAUGUGGCUUCACCAGCUGAAAAUGACUGUGAAAUACAACCUUGUGACCCACAGGAAAAUGAGUUCACACCCAAAGUGGAUGAGACAAUAGACGCCAUAAGAGAAAACUUCCUAUUUUGCAAGCAAUUGCCAGAAAAAAACAACAGGAGAGGAAAUUUUUCGGGUCACGUCAGAAUAUUUUGAACAAGGAGGACUCCAGUGGGAAAACUGCACGACUGUCUGCACUGAUGGAGCAGCAGCAAUGGUUGGACGCACCAAAGGCUUUGUCAACAGAGUGAAAGUGAGAAACCCGGAUGUUAUUUUUACACACUGUUUUUUGCACCGUGAGGCACUCGUUGCCAAGACUUUACCAGCAGACUUAGCUCAUGUAUUGGAUGGUGUUGUGCUUAUGGUAAACUUUGUAAAGACAAGACCUCUAAAAAAAAAAUCACAUAUUUGCAUCUUUGUGUGAAGAAAUGGGUGCGGAGCAUGAAGCAUUAUUGCUCCAUACGGAGGUCUGAUGGUUGUUGCGCGGCAAAGUGCUGGCCCGUAUGUAUGAGCUGCGGGAGGAACUAAAAGUGUUUUUGACUAAUGAGAGGUGCGAUGAUGCAAAGCUGCUUGCAAGUGAUGAGUGGUGUGCAAGGCUGGCAUACGUGUCCGAAAUAUUUCAGCAUUGGAAUGAACUAAGUACAUGAACGCAAGGCCGAAAUGAAAACCUGCUCACAAGUACAGAUAAAAUAAAUGGAUUCCGUUCAAAAGUGCUCCUCUGGCAAAAACAUCUUGAAAGUGCCAACCUUGACAUGUUUCCACUCACCCGGAAUUGGCAAGAUGUCAACACUGCUGCACUGUGUGAGAUAAUAGGUACACAUUUGAAAAGUCUUAAGUUGAACUUGUCAUUUUAUUUCCCUUCAGCCUCCACUGAUCGCUUUGACUAGGUUAGGGACCCAUAUAGCUCAGCAGCAGUUUUUAGA